AUGGCAAUAGCACGAGAUCAUGCGCAUGCAAGAUGGGUUAAAGCUUGUAAUGGAGAAAUUCCACCAAAUUCAUUUUGGGAAGGAGAUCAUGCAAUUGGUAGAGGAUAUUAUCAGAAUGGAUUACAUGUAGGAUAUGUAAAACCAGGCCAAGGACUUUUUAUUGGAUGGGACGGAUCAGAACAUAUUCUCAAAGAAUAUGAAGUUCUUGGUGGAGACAAAUCUCAUUUUCAUUGGGUUCAAUGUCAUGGACGUUGUCAACCACAAGGCUUUACUCCUUUGAAAGGAGGGUAUGAAGCUGACGGUAAAGAACAAUUUAUUGGUAGAGUGGACAAUUAUCAAGGAAAAGACAGAAUCGGUAAAGCCGGUCCACAUUUGAUCGAUGGAAUGAAUUUUGCUGUAGAUGGUCGUGAAAUUUCUUGGAGUUUAGAUAUCUUUAUAGGCUUAUGUGAAACUGUUGAAGAUGGUAGAGAUGAGAUGGUGCAUUCUGUAAGGAGUUAUCAUUCGGUAGGUGUGAUCGAGACACCUACCUGA